AGUGGAAAAAGGUAACUCAACUGAGAGUCACUCACUUUUGCUGAGUGCCCCUAUCAUUUUCAGUGAGAGCAAAUGAAGUAGAGCACAUUCGUAUCAAAUUGCUCUCUCCCAAUUGCUAAUGAAGGUAUAGGAAACGUUCUGCGUAGGGAACGUCUUACAAAUGUAUGAGUCCCCGUAUAGUCCAAAGUAUCGGCAAGGGGUGGCGUGAAACACAAAAAUGAGAGAAUCAGCGAGAGGGUUGGGCUAGCUUUGUUCGAUCGUGUUCGCUCAUGUUAGUUCGCACCUUGGCAACUUAUUCCCCAUAGACAUUCAGUAUAUGUAGGUCUCAGAGCGAACGCUGCGCGUGAGUUCUUCAUAUAUAUACGCGGUCAAAACAUCGGUACAGUUUAGUUUGCAGUUAAUACAGCUAAAUAGUAGGUUCAGUACUAUCUAUAAAAACAAAUAAAAAAAAGUUCGCAAACAUUUUGGGGGACUUGACUUAUACUGUAAAUGACUUGUAGCGUCCCUAUAAUCAGAGUAACUAACCAGCGUUCGCAAAAAUCCGAGUGACGCACUGCAAUACUAGUUUGAAAACACUUUCAAAACUACGGUAAAAAUACAUCAAUCAAAUUGAGCAAGCAAACUAUUUUGCUUGAAAAAAUCUAAGUUUGUGUGUUUGUGGCUAACAACUUGUGAGCGUGUGUUUUUCUUGAUGUGGCAAAGACGAAGUCGAAAGUAUAGAUUAUUACGUUCUGGCAAUAGAACCGACGUAUAGGUUUUUUUUUUAAUCUUGCUUACGUUAUCAUUUACACGAGAAAACCAGUUUACGUGACGUCAGUGCUGUACGAACCGCUUAGUUGUUUUUUUGUUAAAAGAUAAAUAUCCCCUAGUUCUUUGUGUGUAACUGUAUUGUUAAUUGUUUAGUGGUGUGGUGCGGGUUUAUUAAUCUUUGAGGCUACGUAUCCUGUGAGACAUAGCCAGCCGACCAAAUGACGAGGGAUGAUGAUGUGCUUGUAAUAAAUGAUGUUUAUUUUAACGUGUAUAAUACCAAUCCACCAAUCACACCGUUGACACCUAUACAAAAAAUCUUUGCUUCAUUUGAUGGUAUCGGUGUGCACAGUGGUGUGCCGACACGUACUACGCCAACAUUGACACCCACCACCUUAAAAAACAUUGAACAAACGUUCAUAGAAGCAACGAAUGCCACACAAAUUAAUUUACCAUACCAAGCAGGAUUCGUGCCACCUUCUUACCCAAUGGAAGAUCAUAGCCAGGAUGGCGGUGUAAGUCAGGAAUCACUCAGCUCAACCUCCAACGGCUCGUGGCACGUUUCUGGAUCACAUGGGUUUAACGGUGAUGAUUUGGACUCAAAAUCUUCUGCAUCAAUGGACCAACCAUCUUUCGGUACGCGAGCCUCCCGAUCUACUUUUGCUACGAGUAAUUCAGAUGAUAAUGUGAAAUUGGAGACGGGGCUUUUGGACGCAGUGAAUUCAUUCGCAAUCGGGACUACAACUAGGCGGACCUCUGGCCCUUCUGCGCGAAAUGGUAGCGGAGGACGACGAAAUGUUGGUGGUCGACGUCCACACAAGCCCUCAAAUCUCACUCCAGAAGAAGAGGAAAAACGACGAAUUAGACGAGAGCGAAAUAAACAAGCAGCAGCCCGGUGUCGUAGGCGUCGCGAGGACCACACAAACGAACUUGUUGAUGAAACGGAUCAACUAGAGAAGAAGCGCCAAUCAUUAGCUCAGGAAAUCCAACAACUACAACAAGAGAAGGAUGAUCUUGAGUUUUUGCUUGAAUCGCAUCGUGCGCACUGUCGCCUACAGGCUCGUCACAGUCCCAUUGACUUAAAACCUACUGAGCUCGAGAACAUUGCAACCUUUGUAUUGCCAAAAAUUAAAACCGAACCAGAUGAAGAAUUUAUUCUUCAGCGGCAGAAUCUACGUGCAACGCAGAUGCAGGAUCAUCUCGACAACGAUGCUUCUGAACACAGCACAGUUUCUAAAAAACUAAAAAUUUCAAAUACACACACCGAGAGUCUUGAAACGCCGACACCGACUAGCAGUGGCUUCAUUCCCCUCGUAGGCGUUAGUUUCGCUGGUACCAAACCAUCAAAUGAAGCAAGUGGUAGUCGCCCUACACGUCCAGAUAGCUUAGAUGUAAAGUCAGCUGCACAAUAUCCAUUAAUCGCUAGAAUUGACGCUGGAGGAUCGGUUGGAAUGUCGACACCAUCGAGUGGACUGUUUAACUUCGAUAGUCUGAUGGAGGGUGGUACGGGAUUAACACCGAUAGCAGCCCCGAUCAGUUUUCCAUCCAACCGAAAUCCCUUGGAGCUUAUUACACCAACCAGUACAGAACCAUCGAAACUAUGUAGUCUAUAGUGCAAUAUUAGCCAGCAUCUCGAAAGAAAUGGUUAAAAAUUAACAGUCUUUAAAAUUGCUGGACAUUGGCAUCGCGAAUGCAUUGAGUUCAUUUGUUAAUUUUAAGGACUAGUCCUAGACCUUCGUUAAACAAACGAUCGUUAACAGUGAAUAUCAGCGAUCGGCAAACUGUUGUGGUGGAGGGCCAAAUUUAUUUAAUCAUCGAAAGCUGUUGGCCAGGAGAAUACAGGAUUUUUACAACGAUAUUAUGAAUUUGUAACAUUUUUGAAACAAAAUAAUUCAUAUUUAAACGAUCAAAACAACAAAGCAAGAGUAAUGUCGCUUCUUGAUGAACCGUUCCUCAUAUACUACAAAAUAAUUGGGGAUAUUUUGGGGAUGAUAUAAAACCCUUUACGGUCGAAAAAAUAUUGAGGCUAACGUACUUGACAAAUUCACCAACAUUUCACCAAGCACCAAAAACUAUUUAAUGCUUUACGAAUAACUAAUGCCAUGCCAGACAAACUGAUUAAUAUCUGAUACCUUUCAAAACAUACUUCUUGAACAUGGUUGUACUCUUAGAAAGCGUUGUACUCGUAAAAACAACAAUUUUUUUUUAUUUUAAUAAUCGUUCCAAUUUUAAAAUGGAAAGGACCAUUGUCAUGUAGAAACAAUGUUACAGGGUUUCGAAUCAUAUAAGGGAAUAGUUAAAUCACUUAGGGGAAUGUUGCAAAUCGGUAGGGGAAUAUUGCAUGCAAGCUGUGGAUGUUUGCAAUCACUUAGGGGAGUUGUGCAAUCGAUUAGGGGAAUGUUGCAAGCGUGCCAGACUGUGGGUGCCGCUGUAAAUACCUUAAAAUAUUUUCGUCAAUCUUACUAACUUAUCAUGUUUAAUUAUGGCUCCGCAGCAGGAUUUAUUUAGUUUAUCAUGUGUACAGCAGAAUCCCACACGAAAACAACUCCAAACGAUGUUAAAAAAAAAAAAAAAACAUCAUCGGUAUCAAUUCGUAGCUUUUUACACCGGCACCCACAGUCUGAUGACAGCUCCACAGUACGCUUGCAACAUUCCCCUAAUCGAUUGCACAACUCCCCUAAGUGAUUGCAAACAUCCACAGCUUGCUUGCAACAUUCCCCUACCGAUUUGGAACAUUCCCCUAAGUGGUUGAACUAUUCCCUUAUAUGAUUCGAAACCCUGUAAUGAAAUAUACAGGAAAUUUAACCUUGAGUUCCAUCAUUUUGAUUAGUCCGUCAAUCGAUAGUUAAAUUUGGAAGAAUUCGACGGUAUGAAAUAUCAUAUUAAAAGAUGUUCAGUAUGUUUUAUAGUAAUAGGUUCUUUCUAUCUUUCAAAAUCUUCUAUCUGGCAUUUAUUUUUCGCGGUCCAGAUUGAAUGUCGCGGUGGGUCAGACUUUUCGACCGCUGGCGUACGUGAUACAAAUGAAUAGUCGUUUUUUGUGCUGCUCGACUUUGUUUAACCUAUUGCCGCGAAAAAGAUGGCCCUUACACAAUCGCGAAAAAUUAACAAUCGUUAAAAAUUAACCAGAGUCGUUAAAAUUGCUCGAAUUUGGCAUCACGAACGCAUUGAGUUCUUUUGUUAAUUUUUUCGAGUCUAGACCGUUGUUAAAUAAACGAUCACUAAGAGUGUAUGCGAUACUAAUUAACAGUCGUUUAAUUAUAAUGCUCGAAUUUAUUCCCUGUGUUUUUUUUUUAUGUGUCGUUGAGCAGUGGUUAAAUAUUUGCAAAUGUUAAAUGUUUGCCACGAUAUUGAGCAGUGGUUAAAUGUUUGCAAAAACAAACGCAUGAAUGAACAACUAAUGAACUCUGUUAAAGCAAAAUGAACCUUAAAAGAAUGUUAAUAUGUGUCAUUUUUUCGCGAUGUCGGCUAAUGUUCAAAAGCGACUUAACAUUGUUUAUUUAGGCCCGAAAACGGUGUAAAAUGUGUCUAUUGCUUCGCGAUACCGGUUGUGAAUUCAUAGUUAAACAAUUGUUUUUUUUCUCAUCACAAUUUAUUUUGAUCUAUUUUGUAGUUGGGUAAGGAUUAGUCUUCGAUUAGCCUGAAAAAGCGUAUUUUUGUCGUAAUUUUUGUCUUUUGUUUGCUAUCAAAAUUAUUUAAUGAUUCGUUUCAGAUUGCUGAGAUAACAUAUUUAAGAAUAAAUUAACUAUUGAAUGUAAAUUACUCGAAGGUUUAAGGUUUCAGUUCUUGUUUCAACUAUGGGUUUGAUCAUUCAAAUGUCAAUGAACAAUUGCAAUUACAGCUUAAUUAAAAUUCAUUAAAUUAUAGCUUUCAAUAAAUUAAUUGGUUAAGCAAUACGGCCUCGCCUUUCAAUGUUUAAAAAAAUCACAUAUUUUUGACACGUGUUGAAUACUAUAGAUAAAAGGCAUGUAGCAGAAUUUAUUAAUUGUAUCACCGUGUUGAACGGCACCUGAACGAUUGGGUUUAAUUUUCCGUUAUUUCAAAUUAAUAUGUUAUUUAAUUUCAUCCUUCAACUUCAUCGGAGCGCUUCAAUGGUACAAUCGUUAACUCGAACGACUCAAUAUGACCGUCAUGGGUUCAAGCCUAGAAUAUACCGUCCUUCCGUAGCAAGGAUUGACUAUCCGGCUGCGUGAUAAUGAAUUAAGUCUCGCAAGCCUAUAUAGUCCGGCAUGUCCGCGUAAGACGUUACUCCAAAUACAAGAUGAAGAAUUAAAUUCAUCUUCUUAUCUUCUUCUUAUCAAUAAAAAUGAAAGGCUUUUUUGUAUCGUAUUUGUCUGUAUGUACUGUAUGUUUUACAUUAAGAUAUAACUAAAACGUUGAUUUGAGCCAAUUAAGCUACAUAGACAGUUUAUAGUAGUAUAGGAUAUGAUUUUUUGUGCUCCUUUAACCCCUACAUCCCCUUCUUCCGCUACCCUUUCACUUUUUUUGACAGUUUCAUCAAGAUAUAUUGAUGUGAAUAUUUUGUUAAAAAUGAAGCACCCUACCGAUUUUGCUGAAAUUUGGAGAGAAGAUGCCUUAUGGUGCAACAAUACACUGAGAAAAAGGCUUAUCCAUUCCGGAUAAGGGAAGGUGAUUAAAAUUUAAAGUUUAAAAUAAUAGUUCUACCUAAAAACACUCUAUCCUCUUAUUCAACCUUUGUUUCUCUUUUAAUCCUUGAACAUGCUAUAUCUACACUUUCUGUUGAAAUGCCUGAACCUUAUCCUGCAGCAACGCCACCUCUAACUGUUAUGAGUAACCGUGCCGACAAACCGCGUGUCCUUUAUUAUGGCAUGCGGAAUGUAAAUAAGCUAAAUGACAGGAGAUAGGUUUAGACAUUUAGAUAGGGUGACAAGAUCGAUCUUCGAAUUUCGAACAUUUAAGAAAGGGCAACGUUCGCUGCGUAACGCGAUGGCGCAACGGCCAUCGCCGGAAAAAAGGGAUAAAUACACCGUGCGCAGAACAAACGGUCUCUUUAAAAGUUAGCGAACGAUAGAUCGCGUUUUUUUAAAACUACUGAAAUCUAAGCUUGUCUUUUUAUAAUCGGUUGGUCCGUUUUUAAAUAUAUUGAAGAUUAGUACGUUAGUGAAA